AUGAUCCAUAACAACCACAUCGAUAAGAGAAAAAUGUCCAACACAAUGGACAAAGAUGAGAUUAAAGCUGCGAUAUUGAACGUCGAACACGAGGAUGAUAUUGAAGAAAUUGCUGAGGAAUUUGAGAUUGAAAACAUUGCACGCCAUGCCGAGGAAAUUGAGCCAGACACCAUCGAGGAGUUAGCUAGAAAGAACAAGGCGAUGGAAAUGAUUCAAACAUUUUUGCAGCAGGAAAAUAUGGAACUCAAGAAAUCAUACCAGGAACUUAGUAAGGAGAACCAAGCAUUGAAGAAAGUCCUCAAGAAUGACUUUCAAUCAAAUUAUAGGUACAUCAAGAAGGACUACUAA